CACACCGGUCAAUCCAACGUACUGUGAGGUCGCGUGGGUCAAUUUGUUCAGUCGUGUGCCGCAACCCACUAUAUAAGCGCCAUCUCACGAAUACGCAAGUCAGAAAGAAAUAAGAGAUUCAACUUAGAACACUAUGAACGCAGCAUCGGCGGUCUUCCAACCAAAUUUUGAACUGCCACUAUGGGUUCGUGAGAUGAAUGGGUUCACCUUCACGGUACUGCUACUUGUACUUGUGGUCUUUAUAUACGCGGUGUUUUUCUUUUUCCUCUUUAGAGCGGCGGAGAAUGCAGAUAACUCAGAAAGACGGCCUGACUGGUUAAUACCUCCGACGGAAAAACUUGCUAACAGGAGAAUUGCUGCGAAACGGGCUGAGCGAGCCAAGCAGGCGGCCGAAAAGAAGACUGAGUAAAGAUAUAUGUCUAUGCCCCAUAUUUAGGAUUUUGAUGGGGAUGAUGAUGUGAUGCGUAUUCAUUAAGAUAUCCACGGCAAGCACAGUAUGUCAGUAGGGGCAUAUCCUUAUUGCUAUAUAGAUGCACGUGUUCAUAGACAAUUUGUUAUAACAGCGAUAAGCGAUUAAGGGGUUCUCUGGCUGGUUGAUCACCAAAGUUUAACGUCGCGACCACAGAGUAGCGGAAAAUCAAGUCGUCGGUUCUAAUGAGGCGUCCUAGUAGUAAAUGAGGUAGUAGUUUUCACCGUGCAACGGGCUGAAAAAUCAGUGAUGAAUCAACGGAAGUCUCUCUUAUCCAUUCGCGGAUAGGAUUGCCGAUUGAAUAUGCGAAUCAGGGGUAUGUAUAUUCGACAAAAUCCUGAUUUUGUUAUCUUCCAUGGAAAAGUUGGCGUACAAGAAUCGAGGAGCUGGCCACCUUACUUGGAAGGCUGCAAACGAGGAAGACGAACAUCACUGUCUGAAGAUGCACAGUAGGUUUAUAAUGUAUAUAAAAGUAGC